CGUGCGCCCGCCCGCGCACUUUCCAGUUCUUGCUGUCUGACUGGGGCGACCGGGUUCAUUCAUUCCCGGCCUGGGGACUCCUCGGUCCGCUCCAGCCACUGCCCCAAUCCCGCCUCGAACACCAGCACCCCUGGCUUCCAUUGCACAGACUGGGGAAACUGACGAGGUACAAUGGCAGAGAAGGUGCUGGUAACAGGCGGGGCCGGCUACAUCGGCAGUCACACGGUUCUGGAGCUGCUGGAGGCAGGCUACUCGCCCGUGGUCAUUGACAACUUCCAUAAUGCCAUCCGCGGUAAGGGAUCCAUGCCUGAGAGCCUGCGGCGGGUUCAGGAGCUGACAGGACAUUCUGUGGAGUUUGAGGAGAUGGACAUCUUGGACCAAGCGGCCUUACAGCAUCUCUUCAAGAAGCAUAGCUUUAUGGCGGUCAUUCACUUUGCGGGGCUCAAGGCUGUGGGCGAGUCAGUGCAGAAGCCUCUGGAUUAUUACAGAGUUAACCUGACGGGGACCAUCCAGCUUCUGGAGGUCAUGAAGGCCCAUGGGGUGAAGAACCUGGUGUUCAGCAGCUCGGCCACUGUGUAUGGGAACCCCCAGUACCUGCCCCUGGAUGAGGCCCACCCCACUGGGGGCUGUACCAACCCCUACGGAAAGUCUAAAUUCUUCAUUGAGGAAAUGAUCCGGGACCUGUGCCAAGCAGACCAGGCCUGGAACGCAGUGUUGCUGCGGUAUUUCAACCCCACGGGCGCCCACGCCUCAGGCUGCAUCGGGGAGGAUCCCCAGGGCAUCCCCAACAACCUCAUGCCCUAUGUCUCCCAGGUGGCCAUCGGCCGACGGGAGAUACUGAAUGUCUUUGGCAACGACUAUGACACGGAAGAUGGCACAGGUGUCCGGGACUAUAUCCAUGUCGUGGAUCUGGCCCAGGGCCACAUUGCAGCUUUGAAGAAGCUGAGAGAACAGUGUGGCUGCCGGAUCUACAACCUGGGCACAGGCACAGGCUAUUCGGUGCUGCAGAUGGUCCAGGCCAUGGAGAAGGCCUCCGGGAAGAAGGUGAAGAUCUAUGGCGCUGGCAGAAGCAGAACCCCGCAGGCUUUGGCACACAAGCAUGAAGACUGUCCUGUAUCUUGCACCAGAGAAGGGAAAGAGAACAACUGCUUGCUCUCCAGCUCUGGCAGGAAUGCAGGGGCCUCAGUACCCCUCUACCUCAAACCCCAGCUGGGCCUAUUCAGCCCACCAGGUCUGAGGCUGAGGACUCCUGGUAGGAGUAGGAGUCACUAACUCCUCUCUCCCACAGGGGUCAGGAACCCAGUGGGACCCCAAGAGCAAGUGGGGGAGACAGGGCCCUGGGAUAAAAGCCCCUCCACCAGGGCACUAAUUUAUACUGCUAUGAAGGCGCUUUCCAAAGUAUUUAAAAUAAAAUGUUUUCUUAU